AUGUGGUUCAAUAUCAGCUCAGCCCCAUUCCUUCUGACUGGCUUCCCAGGCCUGGAGGAAAUCUACCACUGGAUCUCCAUCCCUUUCUUUGCUGUGUACAUCUCCGUGAUUCUGGGCAAUGGCAGCCUUCUCUUCCUCAUCAGAGAUGACCACAAUCUUCAUGAGCCUAUGUACUAUUUUCUAGCCAUGUUGGCUGCCACUGAUCUUGGAGUGACUCUAACCACAAUGCCCACUGUACUAGGGGUUCUGUGGUUAGAUCAAAGGGAAAUUAGUCAUGGGGUCUGCUUCUCCCAAGCCUACUUCAUCCAUUCACUCGCCAUAGUGGAAUCAGGUGUCCUACUUGCCAUGGCUUAUGAUAGAUUCAUUGCCAUUUGCAGUCCACUGAGAUACUCAUCUAUCUUGACCAAUACCAAAGUGAUAAAGAUUGGGGUGGGAGCACUUCUAAGAGGUUGUAUAUCUAUUGUUCCCCCAAUAGUGCCCCUCCAUUGGUUCCCUUACUGUCAUUCCCAUGUUCUCUCCCAUGCCUUCUGCCUCCACCAGGAUGUCAUCAAACUGGCCUGUGCGGAUAUCACCUUCAAUCGCAUCUACCCAGUUGUUCUGGUUUCAUUUACUGUAUUCCUAGAUUCCCUAAUCAUCCUUUUUUCUUAUAUACUGAUCUUAAAGACAGUCAUGGGCAUUGCCUCAGGAGAGGAGAGAACCAAAGCCCUUAACACCUGUGUCUCCCACAUCUACUGUGUUCUGGUUUUCUAUGUCACUGUGAUUGGCUUGUCUCUUAUCCACCGUUUUGGAAAGCAUGUGCCACGUGUGGUUCAUAUUGCAAUGAGCUAUGUUCACUUCCUUUUCCCUCCAUUAAUGAAUCCCAUCAUCUAUAGCAUCAAAACUAAGCAGAUUCAAAGUGGUAUUCUUCGCAUGUUCUCUCCAUGCAAAUCCAAGAUCUAA